AUGCAGUGCCUGAAUAGGAUCAUGGCAGAAUCACUGGGCCUCGUCACCAUCUGCCUUUUAGGAUAUCUACUCAGUGCCGAAUGUACAGUUUUUCUUGAUCGCAAAAAUGCCACCAAAAUUCUGAAUCGGCCAAAGAGGUAUAAUUCAGGUAAACUGGAAGAGUUUGUUCAAGGUAACCUUGAGAGAGAAUGUAUGGAAGAAAAGUGUAGUUUUGAAGAAGCUCGAGAAGUUUUUGAAAACACUGAAAAAACCACUGAAUUUUGGAAGCAAUAUGUUGAUGGAGAUCAAUGUGAGUCCAAUCCCUGUUUAAAUGGUGGCAUAUGCAAAGAUGAUAUUAAUUCCUAUGAAUGUUGGUGUCAAGCUGGAUUUGAAGGAAAGAACUGUGAAUUAGAUGUAACAUGCAACAUUAAGAAUGGCAGAUGCAAGCAGUUUUGUAAAUUGGGCGCUGGUAACAAGGUGGUUUGCUCUUGUACCACAGGGUACCAACUUGCGGAAGACCAAAGGUCCUGUGAACCAACAGUGCCAUUUCCAUGUGGAAGAGUUUCUGUCCCACACGUUUCUACGACACGCACCCGUGCUGAAACUUUUUUUUCCAAUAUGGACUAUGAAAAUUCCACUGAAGCGGAAAAAAAUUUCGAGAACCUCACCCAACCUCUCAACGACCUUACUCGAAUUGUUGGUGGAAAAGAUGCCAAACCAGGUCAAUUCCCUUGGCAGGUCCUUUUGAAUGGGAAAGUUGAUGCAUUCUGUGGAGGUUCCAUCAUCAAUGAAAAAUGGGUGGUAACUGCAGCCCACUGCAUUGAGCCUGAUGAUAAAAUUACCGUGGUUGCAGGUGAACAUAACACCGAGGUGAGGGAACCUACAGAGCAAAAGCGAAAUGUGAUUCGCACUAUUCUUCACCACAGCUACAAUGCAACUGUUAAUAAGUACAACCAUGACAUUGCCCUUCUGGAACUGAAUGAACCCUUAACGCUAAACAGCUAUGUAACACCUAUUUGCGUUGCUGACAGGGAAUACACGAACAUCUUCCUCAAAUUUGGAUCUGGCUACGUGAGUGGCUGGGGGAGAGUCUUCAACAGAGGGAGAUCAGCUUCAACUCUUCAGUACCUUAAAGUUCCACUUGUUGACCGAGCCACAUGCCUUCGCUCCACAAAGUUCACCAUCUAUAAUAACAUGUUCUGUGCUGGCUUCCAUGAGGGAGGUAAAGAUUCAUGCCAGGGAGAUAGUGGGGGACCCCAUAUUACUGAAGUGGAAGGCAUCAGUUUCUUAACUGGAAUCAUUAGCUGGGGUGAAGAGUGUGCAAUGAAAGGAAAAUACGGAAUAUAUACCAAGGUGUCCCGGUAUGUCAACUGGAUCAAAGAAAAGACAAAGCUCACUUAAAGAAAAAAAAAUGUAUUUCCAAGGUUGACAUAUUUGGGGGUCGAGAUGGACAAGGGCCUUUACUGACUAAUCACUUUCCUAUCUCUUUAGAUUUGACUGUCUGCAUUCUAUGAAUACUGCUUUUUCUCUUUAUGGGGAGAAAUCUAUCUAGAAUUCCUAUUUUACUAGAGUAAGUAGAUUAGCAAAUGUAAUCACUAGAGGAAUGUACUGUGAUAGGAAAUUGUGACCAUUCCCACAGGUCCAGCCCUUGACAAAACUGUGAAGUUAAGUUCUUCAUCCUGCCCAUCGGGCAUUAAGUUUCUCCACUGGGGCAACUCUCUGAUUCUCCCUCCUUAGCAGCAUUCUAUGUUCCAGAUCUUUCUUACCUCUCCCACCAAAAUCAUCAAAACGUAUUAGAUCUAUAUCUGGGAUAUUUGGUCUAGUUCACGAGAAGGCGAGCACCACACUCAUAAAGGACGAACACAGGGGGAGCCGACAGGUGGAAACUCACCAGAAAACACUACUUCCUUUUCUGUACCCUUAUUCCUGCUUCCUCGAUCUCUUCCGUUUCCUAAUCCCGAAAUCAGUUUCUCUCUCCCUCCCUCUCUCCUCUUUUC